UUUUAGCGUAGGUCGAGUUAUUUUACCUGCUAACAAAGGUUCCAAACACUGAGAGGAGUUUGAGACACUGUCCUAUCUCCACUAGUGAUCAACAUGCAUGUUGCCAUUUUCUGGUCAGUAAGUCGGAUGUAAAUACAAAAAAAACAAAACACAAUAGCAACUACGGACCCGGUGAUUCUACAUUUACGUAUACACCUGCAGUAAUCGGGGCAGCAGUGGGCAAACCAGGGUGGGCGAAUUGUUGCCUCACUUCACUAACGUUAACGUGAGCACGAAGAGUUCACAACAAACGAAUCGUUCACGGGUCGCGCAUUAAACAGCGGCUGCUGGAGUCCGACACUGAGCUGAGCCCACCAAAGCACCCAGAAGAAGCUAGGAGGUCCUGGAUCACCAGAGGAAGCCAGUGACAUGCACUCUACCCCUCUGGUUCUCAGGAUGGAGGAUGGGCUGAUGAAUAGGACCGCCUGCCUGGGUCUAGACUCAACUAGCUGCUUUGGACCAUACCUCAAAGGAGAGGCUUGGAUUUCUUGGGAAACUUUUCCUCCUUGUACACUGUGAGCGGUCUGUCAGCCAGCCACGCGCUGCUCUCUGUUGCUAUGGAUGCCUGUGCCCGUAUUAGAGGAGUUCCAUUAAGGCCCAGGGCCUCCGUCCGGAAAGAGACUGUGCGUGACAGCGGUGGGCAGUGUGUAAAGAGCCUCUUUAGGAAUAAAAAGGAACUAUGCAGUGUUGGCUUAGAGCUGCCGACCAGAGACGCCACAAGACUGACAGAGAUUCAUUUUGUGUGUCUGCCUGGUCAGUGUGAAGGGGAAGAUGUCACCCAACAGGCUCUGUCAUCUCUGCCAGCAGGGCUGUGUGAGCUUCUCAGGUCCCUCCAUGUUCAUGGCCUCAAGAAUGACGAGGUUCUGCUGCUCAAAGACUCCCGCAGACUGGCAGAGCAUAAGGACGCUGGGCCACAGUGUUGGUUAAAGGCUGUGUGUGUGCUGAGGCAUAAUCCCAGCACUAGUGUCUACCCUCAGGCCAGUGUUGGAUCUUUGUUGGGUCUGCUUGGGUGCUACAUGGCAGGUGUUCGCUAUGCGUUGGAGCUUCAGGCCCUUCAGAGGGGCACUUCAGCUGAGCCCAGCCAGCCAGAGGAAGAUGACACCAACCAAUCAGUCUCAUCAAUUGAGGAUGACUUUGUCACAGCCCUGGAGCAUCUGGAAGAGGACGACACAGCUGCUUCCUAUCACCAUUUUAAAAAGCGUGAUGUGGCGUCACAAACUGUCCCAGCACACAAGAGAAGAAAGGAAUUAUCAGGCUCCCAUGUUAUCAUCAGCUCGUCCUCAAAGUAUUUAGCCAAACAUAGGUCAGGUCCAGAUGUAUCUGUCACAGUGCAGAGGUCAUCAGGUGUGGAAUCCCAGUGGACUUACUGCAGUCCUGGAGCUCGUCUCCCAUCGCCUUUGAUUCAUGUCAGCGAAUCAGAAGAGUCGGACUGCUCCAGCCCCAGUCCAAUCAUUUUCUUGGAUGAGGUGGGCUACCAGAAGAGUCUGCUGGCCAAACUUGACAUCCCCCAGGUGCCCGGGGGGCCCAGAGAGCGAGUUGAAGACUCAGACUCUGAAGUCAGUGAGUUCUUUGACAGUUUUGACCAGUUUGAUGACCUGGAGGAGCUGAGCUCAGAGAGCUGCACUCUCGCACUGCCUCUGGAUGCCAUCAGUGCCCCAAGCACACAGAAAAGGUCAGCUGAGUCUAGCACCAGUGGGUCAACAUCCAAAUAUGUUUCUAGGGGCUGUUCAACCAAAGGUAUGAAUCCUCACCGCUUUGAUCAGCCCACUCUCCCAGCUAAUGUGAAAAAACCCACUCCUCUGAAACCAGGCUCUCCCUACUCGCUUCACUCUGAGGUGCCUGACUCUCCGCGACCAGUGCAGACCCCCUCUGAGGAGAAUGGUGGCCCACUUUUCAGUCCUGUCAGCUCAUCAGCCUUCAGCCCUCUGGUGGACUCUUGUGGAACACUGGAGUACUUCUGGAAGACAGAGGAGGAUGGACAGGACUGCUCAGAGCUACGUAAGCCCCAGGAUCUCUGCUCUCUGUAUAAAACCUACUCAGACUUUGCCAGCAGUCUGUCGAAAGAAAUUGUGGGAUCUGUGUGUGGCUACCAGUCUGCCAUUGACAUCAGUGACAACAAGAAUCUCAGCUGUGUCUGCCACAAGGAAUUCAAGAACCCUUCGGGCUACCUGAUGAAGCUCUCAGAAAUUCAAGAAACUGUAACAGUGGCCAAGCUGCAGAAGAAGUCACAGUCUCUGAAGGAUGGCAUUCAGAGGUUUGCCACUGACCUGGUGGAAAUGAGUUUGGGUAGCGCUCUGCGAGACCUCCAAAAAGGUGUAUCCUCCUGUACCACCACCCUGUGUCACCUAGCUGCCAGGCUUACCUCCUCAGUGUUUCAGAUGGCCUUCCAUGAGAUCGGCAUGCGCCAUGCGUAUGUGUUGAAGGAACGGGCAAUCAAUGGAUUAGCUGGCUUCCUUGUUGGAGAGGCUGUAUCUGGGGCACUCAAAGAGUUCCUGACUGUGAAAAAGCAGAUUUUCCAUAGUACAGUGACACGUUUUGCUGCCGAUCUGGCUGAAGAGCUGGUUUUUGAAGGAAUUAUGGAAGUGUGUCAGUUCUCCCACCCCUCAACUCCUCUCACCCCUAGUGAUUGGUCCUUUGGCAACAGGCAGGAGGAAGAUGAAGAGGAGGAGGUGGUUUCCUCCUAUGCUUCAGACUUGUCUGAGUCUGUUAUCCAGGAGGCCUUUAUAGAACUCUCUCAGGCUGAUGUUGCCUUUACUAGCCAAGCAGCUAUUAGCGUGUCUCUGGACAACAUCUGUUAUGUCAGUGCAGAGAACACUAGCACUCACACCUGCAGUACCUUUGCUAACCAGCAGGUUUUAAGUGCCAGCUCUGCUGCAGCACUCCCGGGGCCCUCCGGUGAGGAUGCCACCUGCACAGUGAAGAAAGCCCUGUUCACUGUGUCAGGCAUGGCCAGCUGUAUUCCUGUGCCCCAGGCAGGCCAAGCCCUCUCUCACCUCCAGGAGUCUGAGGAGACCUGUCAGUGUAAGUCAAGCACAUCGGAUACUCCACAGGCCAGCCCUGAAAGAGUAACUGUGUCUUCCUCCGACACUACCACAUCUACACAAACUCACCCCUACAGUCAUGCAUCUCAGACCCCCACACCCGGAGAAGACUCCUCCCAAGGAAAGUCCCCAUUCCAAAACUUCUCUGGCAACAUGAUGGAUAUGAUAGUAACUGAGGCGUGUGAGCUGAUAACUGCUUCUAAGGUGAAGAAGAGUUUUGGUGACUGUGCUGAUUUCCUCACAAAGACAAUCGGAGGCCGAAGGGACUCUUCUAAGCAGGACACUGAUAAUUCUGAGGCUCCAGACAUGAGUUUCAGAUAUCUAAGGAAAGGCAGUCCUGUUGAGCAAAUAACAGAUCUUAGCAUUCCUCACAUUUCCUUUCAGACAGGCUCUCAAAGCCAGGGGAGAGCCAGCUGUGAGUUAGACCCCAGGACCAAAGGUGUGUCUGAGGCCUAUCCUGUGAUGAUGGAUACUCUUGAUGUGCCGGGUGCAGAGAUGGGUGGACAAAGAAGGACAUCUGUUCCUGGGGAUGACUCAGGUCCGAGCUCUGGCCAAAAAUCUGUUGGGACUCCUGGUACUCCUCCUUCUACCCCUCAGCAGCCUAGUGAGGUGUCCAAGGAGAAACAGAUAAAACAGUUCUCCAAGAAGCUGAAAAGCAAGCUGGCCAAGGAAUUUUCCCCUGCCACCCCCCCACCUACCCCUCACUAUCAGCCUGAGCCUGGCCCAGGGCCAAAAGACAUCACCCCUGAGACAGACAAGGCUGAAUUUAUGCUCAAACUGAUGAGGUCUCUCUCUGAGGAGGCAGAUGGCAAUGAGGAUGAAGAGGAAGAACUGGCAGAAGAGGGUGGUGUCAGUGGCGCUAAUAGAUGUUUAGGAUCAGGGGGUGGCCGACAUGAACAGAACCAGAUGUCUGCUCGCAGAAUGUCCAACAAGGAAGCUCUCCACUAUGCCGAGCAGUUGGCUUGUCACAUUGUUUCCAUGGCAACAGAGAUGGACACUUUAGGAGUGGCAGAGGAGGAGGGAGACAUGAACAAUGGCAGUGAGAUGAGGAGAGACAGUGUGGCUCAGUUCUCAGAGCAGACCCUGAACACAUUGUGGGUGUAUGCUGGGGAGGUAGCAGGCGAGGUCAUCAAUGAUGUGAAGAGGAUGGUGAGCUCUGCACAGCAGUGUCCACAUCACAGAGCUCUGAGAAGAAGAAGCUUUGACAGAUCCAGCUCUGAAUGUUUGCAUUACCACAACCAACACCAGCCUCAGCUGAGUACAGACCAUAACAGAGACUGGAGGGUAGGGAGGCUAUCUGAGCAAUGGUCUAAUGACCUGAUAGCCUCUGUCUUCAGGUCUCCAACCUCUACUUCAAGCACCAUCUCUAGCUCCAGCUCUGGUCUGUCCUCAGAGUAUCCCAGCUGUGAGAGUGUGACAGAUGAAUAUGCUGGCUACCUCAUCAGGGUACUGAAAAAGGAGGGAGGCAGUAGGGAGUUGGUCCUAGACCAGUAUGCAAGCCGUUUGGCCUACCGCUCCAUAAAACUAGGCUUGGCUCACGCCAGUCGCAAGAUCAAGCAGAGAUCCUCUAGCACCCGCCUUCAUUCCUCCAAGUCGCUGCCAGAUGAAUGGAAAGCUUCUGGUAGUGAGGCCUCAUCACCCAAGGACCAAGUAGAGCCAGGAGAGGAUGCUCAGUGUUGCUGUCGAGAGUCUGAAGAGCAGAGUCAGAGGGAGUACAUGGAUCUGUUAACCUUUGCAGAGUCUUUAGCUUACAACAUCACCUGUGAUGUCACACGCAAGCUGCAUCUUUCCUCUGUACGGCUGCCCAAGUCUCUCACUGACUCGUGUCUUUAUAAGAAAUCCAAAUUUGAAGACAUGACAGAGAAUCUCAUCAGGAACUCCUUCUCCUGCCCCCUGUUGUCAAAGGAGGGUAAGAGCAAGCAUUACCACAGUACAGGAAGCCUGUAUGAUGGAGGCUACAGGAGUAGGGUGAUGCAGGUCAUCGAGCAUUACGCCAGGAAGAUAGUUGAUGACACUCUGAAGAUGAGCCUCGCUUCAGUUGGACAUUCAUCACGGGAGCACCAGAGGACCCAAGGCCAUGACAGACACUCUCAUACAGAGAGGUUGUCUGAGGCACCAUCACUGGGCCAGGCGCUGGGAGAGAGAGCGUGUCGUUACUGUCCGAUACAAGAAUGCCCGUACUGCACCAAACUUAGCCGGCACCACCACCAGCCUGUAUUACAGAGGAGGAAAAGGGGGCCAGAAUGUCAGGUGAGGCCCGAGCGGCUCUCUAGCCUGGAGAUUCCCAAGAUUCACAUUGACCUGGACCACAGGGUUGUGUUUGCAGAGGAGAUGGUCUCCAUGGCAAUGGAGACAGCUAAACGUGAGCUGAGCAACACCAGCCUUAAUGCAGACAGCGGCAUCGGCCAUGAUGGAACCAGCUAUGCCGAGAGCCUAACGGCUGAGAUCAUGACGUCAGCCCUGUCCAACAUCUGCCAGGCUGCCAGCAUCAGUUUUCCAGGUAGGGAAGCCACUGAGUCUUCAGUGUCCCAGCAGCUGAGUGUGGGAGACGACAGUCUGGGCAGUUGGUCUAACUUGAGCUUUGAGGAUGAGCACCCAGACGACAACAGCAGCUUCCUCCACCUCAGCGACAGCAGCAAUGGGAACAGCAGUAGCUGGAGCAGUCUGGGCCUGGAGGGGGAGCAGUGUGAGGAGCGCAUGUCAUUCUCUCCCUCUGACAGUGACAAUACAGAGGACAAGGAGACUGAGGUCAGAGAGGAAUCCAGUGGGACUCUGUGUGUAGACAGGACUCAGGUGCAGUCUUCCAGGACCGCUCUGGUCAUAAUGAACUCUGAUGUCAGGGAGCUCGGGUGUGGCACUCAGCACGUGACCCUCGACCCUCAGCUCAGGAGCAUGCUCCAGUGGGUGGCAGCCUCCAUGGCCGACAUCCCUCAGAUCCAACUGAGUCCUGACAGAGAGCUACAGCAGCUCCCAGCAGUGGUCCAAAGACUUCGGGACAGGAAGUGGAGGGUGGGAGAGCUGCUGCACAUGCUGCUACGCUACUGUGAAGAGAGUCAGAUACACAGUCAGUCCCAGACCAGAGAGGAGGCACUCCAGACGGGCAGAGAACUUCACCGCAUCCCCCUCUUCCAGUGGCUCCUGGAGCAUGCCUAAAGCCUCUCCUCUUUCUUUUUUUUUUUCUUCUUCUCGUCUCCUUAGUUCCAAACAGGGCUUUGCAAAGUGCACAGCUCCUAGAUGCCAUACCAAUCAGCUGAUCUAACUCACUGAUGAAUGUGUUUUGCAUUGCAUGCUGUGACCAAGAGUACUCCUGUGUGUAUUUUAUUUGUCUUUCCACCUUCUGUUUUGUUGUUGCCAUUCAUUAUCUGUCAGGCUGCACGUCGUGUUGAUUUAGUGAGCUGUCUCUGCCCACCUACACUUCGGAAUUUGAAGUCUUCACACGUUGCUGCGUUUUUCUUGUUGAGCGACAGACAGAGAAGGAGAGGAGAGAGACAGAGAGACCCAACCCAUCCAGACAGAGACAGAAGGAGAGCAGUGAGUUGAGAGAAAGAGAAUGUGUUUUUUGUUAGGGAAUCCCCAUAGCUGCUGGGCGGAUGAUGUCAUCACACCCACAGCUCACCUCUGCGGUGGUGUUUCCACAUGUUAAGAGACCAAUUGUGCGCACACAUACACACCACACCCUCAUAUUAUCAGAGGGAAACCAAGAUACACUCACAUCCGACAGGAUUAUUCCCCCGUAGUAUUCCAUAAUUGUAUUCAUGCACUCUGAAUCAUUUACAUGUUAUUUCAGUGAAGGAGCUAAAUGACUCCUUACAUUUAACGAAUGCGUUGCCAUACAUACAGAUCGCCAUUGCUCUGUUUAGGUUGUAAAACCUUUAACUUUAGUAAAUGAUCAUUUUGCAUUGAUGAUCACAGGGGCCGUUGGUUUGGCAGUAGAAUCAUUAAUGUGUUUGAUAAAAUUUGCCUCUUGACAGUAUUAGUGUCCCUGUUUUAUAUACUACUGUAACUCUGCUUGCCUCGCCUCAAUCUCCUUGUUGUCAAACUUAGUAAAAUACUUGGAGUGGAUGAUGUUUACUGGGCGAUCGGUGUUAAAAAAAGCAAAGUAUAUAUUUUUGAAGGUAGAGUAUGUUUAACCAAUCAUGAAAUGCUGCUCAAAGCUAUGAAAGAAGCCACGAUGUUGGCUUAAUUUUGCCAAAUCUAGCUUGACUCUCCCCCCCUCCAGUCACUACAGUCACUACUGAUCACACUGUUACUACAGUGUGAUCCCCUGGUCGUGUGUGUCAGUGGCCCAUGCCAAGUUCGGGGAAGAUCCAGUGACGCAGAUAGUGGAUCUUUGAGUAAUUAAAGACACCCCACCGGUCUGCACCUCCAAAACCACAAACUAACAGCAGUGUACAUUGCUCAACCGUGGACUCACAUCUUUGUCACCCACGCUCCACAGUCACCUUGUGGAAUGAAGAAUUCUGAAUACCACAACUUCCACAGAGCACUAACUCCUUGAACACACACCCUUGUUACUCACCAGCCCUUUGUGCGUGUGUACGUCCACACGCACAGCACUACCAGCUAUUUGCUGAGAUGCACUUUUUUUUUUUUCUUUUGAUUUGGUCGAGGAGAGACUGGGCAUUUCCUGCCCUGACAGUCAUCGGAUCUGUCCCAGCCUCAUAUUCCUGUGAAUUUACUCCUAGCAUGGACCCCUCCUCCCUCCCUUUCACCCCAGCGAAAACAUUUGGGAUACAUUUUAUUUCUAUUUUGUUUUGUUUUGUUUUGUUUUGUUUUGUUUUGAAGUAAGCGACCUAAGGAUGACAAUGCUGCAAGGUCCACAAAUUUCUAUCAGGACUUCCUUCCAGAGUUCUAAACACUGUAAUAUACCACAGCCUCACAUCUAUUAUAAACUAAGUGUUGGUGGUGUUCACCUGCAUGGCUUAAUCUUCAUUGACUUUUGAAGCUCAACAUUAUUCUUCUUCUUCUUGGCCUACACUAAUUGAGCUGCAGUGAUUUGUCCGCCUCCACGCUGCCUCACAGUAUGCUAUAGGUCUCUGCAGAUGCCUCGUCUGUUACUGCGUAAUCUCUAUCCUGCCAAAUCGUCAUAUAAUCUUAGAGGUGUUUUGUCCUGUAUGAUUUGUUUACAUGCAAAAAUGAAUAUAUCACAAGAUCCGCUAUUUUUCAAAAGAAAACCAGAGUUCUGACUACGCUUUCAAAUAUUAGAAAAAAACAACAGAGUGAAGUAUUAACAGUGAGAGAUGCAUCAUCUUAGUUUACAUUAAAGGAAUGUAUUAAGAAUUAUGGAUUCGACACAUGAAGAGAAGAGAGUGCAUCAGUGUACAGAUUCUCCCUCAGUGUGAAUGUUCAGUUGUAAAUAGAACCCCCCCCCCACUUCUAUUUUCUUUAUCUGCUUUACAUUCCUGUGCAUCCCAAAUGACCUAUAGUGCUAUAUUGUUGUGUUUGUGAAAGCUGAAUGUGUACCUACAAAGACUCCAUUUAGAAGCAGAUACGGUAAAUCUGUUUUGCUACUGUUCCCCAGUGUUACUUUCUGCCUCCCUCUGAACACAAGCAGGGGGGAGAGAGCUGUACCUCCCCUCCACUAACUUCUGUUUUUCUCCUGCUACCUUGUAAAAAAUAAAGAUAUUUAAUAAAUUAUGUAAGUUAUAUAACAGUGAGUUCACCACUUGUUCUCCCUAGUGGCAUUGCUAAAUAGUUUACACAUUCUAAGCUUGAAGUCAAAAACUCUAAGAAUUUGUUUAUGUUAAAGCUCGGUGUGACAAUAAAGCUUUUUCAUGUGCUCUUA